AGCACGUGAUUAAGAAGUUCUUUUUUUAUGUAUAUUUAUCUACAGUUAAUCUAAAACGUGUGAGAUAAGACUCAUUUAAAUCAUAAAAUAUUAUUUUCAAAGUGUUUUUUUUUUUAACGUAACUAUAUACUCAAAGUUCUGACUCGAUGUCUGAUUCUCGACGUCUACUUAAAUAGCUUUUCUUUUGACUUCAUUUCAUAAGAAAAUGAAAAGAAAACACCACUUAGGUACGCUAUAAAUAGAAGCAAAUUCUUGGCAAAUUGAGAUCAAACAAGAGCAAGAGAUUAAUCAAGGGCAGUGCAGUUUAGAAACGCACAGGAAAAAUGGCAAUGAAAGUUGAGAUAAUCUCUAGGGAAAUGAUAAAGCCAUCGUCUCCAACUCCUGCUCAUCUUAAGCACUUCAAAAUCUGUCUUCUGGAUGAGUUGGCUCCUCCUUCUUAUGUUCCAAUCUUUCUUCUCUAUUCUUCCGCAGAAUUUGGCAACUGCUUUGCAGACAAGUUAAAGAAAUCACUGUCUGACACUCUUGCUCGCUACUAUCCUUUUUCUGGUAAACUGAAAGGAAAUCUUUCUGUGGAUUGUAAUGAUGAUGGGGCCCUGUUUCUUGAGGCUAAAGUUAAUAUUGCAGCCUCAGAGAUUGUCAGGGAUCCUGAAACUAGUAUGCUGUAUAAACUUUUCCCCUUUGAUCCUUACAGAGGCACCGCAGAUGGAGCGACGGUUGAUGGGGAGACACUCAUUACAGGUGUUCAGGUUAAUGUUUUUGAGUGCGGUGGUGUUGGAAUUGGUGUGUGUGUUUCUCACAAGAUUGCAGAUGGUGCAACCAUGGCUUCUUUCCUUAAUGCCUGGGCUGCUACUGCAACUGGCAUUGAUCAAACAGCUGCUCCAAGUCUAGAUUCGGCUUUGCUUUUCCCACCUAAAGGUGUAGAUAUAAUCAAACAGCGUGAUAUGAUCAAAGAUGAGAAAAUAGUCACAAGGAGAUUCGAGUUCGAAGGAAAGAAUUUGGCUAAUCUAAAGGCAAACAUUGCGAAUGACAUUAAUCCUACACGUGUGGAAGCUGUGACAACUCUUAUCUGGAAAGCUGCAAUGGAAGUGACUAGAUUAAACACGGGGAAAGAUUUGAUCCCACCUUCUAUUGUUACCCACUUAGUCAAUAUCAGGGACAGGAUGAACCCACCAUUGCCAAGACAUUCUGUAGGUAAUCUCUGGCGGCUUUCUCUAGCGCCAUAUUUUGAUGUUAAAAAAGAGCUGGAGCUACAAGAGUUAGUACGCAUCCUUCGAAAAUCAAUACGCGGAAUCGACAGUGAAUACUUGACUAAACUUCAAGGAGAUGAUGGUUUGGCAAAGGCUUUAGAACCUCUUAAAGAGCUAAGACAACUGGCCCUAAGAGGAGAAGGAGUUGAAGUCUACACUUUCAGCAGCUGGGCAAGAUUUCCUCUGUAUGAGAUUAACUUUGGAUGGGGAAUGCCAAUAAAAGUUUGUACAAUAACAGUACCUGUUAGGAACUCUGUUAUCUUGAUGGGCACAAAAUCCGGUGAUGGUAUAGAGGCAUGGGUGACCUUGACUGAAAAAGACAUGGCCAAGUUUGAGUGCAGUCAAGAACUUCUCCAGUUUGUUUCAGCAAGGAUUUGAGGCAGACCUUGAUAUAUGUUACUAUAUGUUUGACUGAAGUCGAGUGAUCUGUUUAUGCUUUAUUCACAUGUAUCUUUUUUAUUUUUUUGAAUUCUUUAUUUGUGUCAUUGUUUUUCAACUAUUAUCUUCCAACUAUAUCUGUAAUCUUGAUCACUAUGGAAUGUGCCAAGCCAGGUUAAAUAACUUUCCCAAAGAUAUCAGCAUACAGCACAAAUAGUUUCAUGUGAAGUUCACCUAUUCACAGUCUCACUUUCUUUCAGAAAACAUUUUCUAAGCACCGGUUUAGCUAACCGAUACGCCAUUCCCUCCAGAGGCAGGAAUCCAAUGAUCUACAGUUCAGAAUAUCAUACUUUCUUUAACUUCUCUACUGUGAAAUUUUAGAUUCCUCUUCCAGAUUUGGAGAUGGCAAUCUAUGGUGGUUUGAAUCUUGAAAUAAACUUCUUGUUCAAUGACGUGGAUAUUCAAAUACUCUUGAAUAAUAGUGUACUUAUUUUCCUUUUUCCCCACGAACAGAAGCGAAGGACUUCGUCAACUUAAACCACAAGGAAAGGCUUUCCAUCAACAAGUGCAGAAACAA